AUGGAUGAGAAGGAAGUGUUGGUUGCAGGGUUUCAGCUUGAGGGGGAUGCAACGUCUUCCACUCCUAUGCAGGGUUUCUUUGAUGUGGCUAUGUCCAUGGAGGACGAGAUGGUGGUUCUGUUUGUUUUGGACUUGGACGGUGGCAGUUGUUCUACAUCUUGGCUUGGUGGUAGGGAGGGAUCCUUUUGGUUUCGUUGGGUGUAA